AGCCGCUCGCCGUGGGUUUCAGCUAAUCCAGCGUCUCGGCUAUCAUCCCACACGUCUCUAAUGGGGAGCGCGUGACAUACAUCAUUUUAACGAAGAGCUGGCAAUGGUGUUUGUGAAUUUUUAUGUUCAUUUACCUCAUUAAUUCAUUAAAUAUAAGUGUGAAUGUGAUGUCACCGCGAGUGGUGGCUGACGACUGUAAACGCUUUUGAGCGACACAAAAGUUCGCAUGUGUUUUACACCGAGUGUCAGUGCUAUUGUGUUCCGUCAAUACGGAGUUGAUUAAAAAUAAAUAAAAUAAUUACAAUGUUGUGGUUACCGGUGCUUGUUAUUUUCACCUUGGCUCUCGAAGGAGCUUUUCAUACGGAAUACAACCCAUAUCUGGAAUCAUUGAAAAAUAGACCGUGGAAGAGUUUCCAAAGCUAUGUCCAAGUGCGUCCAGGGGCAUUCCUUUUUUACUGGCUGUACUACGCAGAUGGAAUUACCGACGGGGCCUAUCGGAAGCCCCUUGUAAUAUGGGUGCAAGGCGGGCCGGGCCUGGCUGCCACCGGUAUAGGCAAUUUCGCGGAGUUUGGGCCGUUAGAUAUGGAAAUGCAGCCACGGAAUCAUACCUGGGUUAACGGGAGAAAUGUGUUGUUAAUAGACCAUCCCGUGGGAACGGGGUUCAGCUACGCCACCAAUGACUCCCUGCUUGUGAAGACUGAUCGAGAAAUGGCAAUGGACUUAUCAAAAGUAAUAAAGGCGUUUUUCAAGAAUCAUAAAACAUUCCGCAAAACUCCAACAUAUUUGUUUGGGCAGAGUUACGGUGGCAAGUUAAGUCCAAGAUUGGGAUAUUAUCUUCACACGGCAAUAGAAAAGAAACGUCUCAAAAUGAACUUCAAAGGCAUAGGCAUCGGAAGCGGAUGGGUGUCGCCAAGGGAAAGUACCUUGGUCCAACCGGAUUUCUUGUACCUCAUGGGUGUCAUCGACCAGAACACGUAUUUACGCGCCAAAGAGAUUGUGAAGGACAUGAGUAUGUUUAUAGACAAAAGUGAAUUUAUGAAAGCGUUGAGACUAGAUUCGAUAUUAUUCGUAAUGUUUCACAGAGAAGGUGCAAUGGACAUAAAUAUGAAUAAUAUCAAUCAAGUCAGCCCGUACCCGGCCUUAGAUAAGUUGGCAGUGAAAGUGAAUAAAUAUGUGAAGCCAAUGCUGUCUCACGUGGUGAAUCAAGAUUUGCAGUGGAACUACCACUCGGAAAAAGUUUUUACGACGCUUUAUAAGAACUUUUUCGUGCCGUCUACUAAAUUCUUAGAAAUGCUUUUAAAUAGCACGAAGCUAAAGGUAGCCGUUUACAAUGGAAACCUGGACGUAGUGACACCGUUAGCUGGUGCAUCGAACUGGGUUCACAAGUUAGAGUGGCCCGGCGCCCAAGAGCUGAAGGAAGCGAAGAGACAGCCGAUCCGAGGGUUCAGGAAUGGCUUCUUUAAACAAUCCCGACAGUUGAGCUUCUGGUCGGUCUUCGGAGCUGGCCAUUGGAUUCCCGAAGACAACCCAAUGGCGAUGGAGCACAUAUUGGAACAUAUGCUGGACGUAUCUAAUUAGAUUGAAGAUGGUUAAUGGCAAAAUAUGCUUAUCCCCUUAUUCAUAAACGUUUAUUAAAGUUAACAAGCCGAUAAUAAUCGUUUGUCCCUUUCCGACGUAUUGAUAUGAUGGACAAAUGGGACAAACGCUUAUUAUCGGCUUGUCAACUUUAGUAAACGUUUAUGAAUAAGGGGGUUAGUGUGGAUCCCGCUGGAUUUACAAUACGCCGCCUUAAACUGUUUCUACAAUAACACUUGUAAACUUCGGCACUGUUUGUCUUCUCUGUAAUCCAUCCUUUGUAUCUUUUGAUGUAAUGACUGUUUGAUGCCAUAAUAAAAUAAAAUAAAAUAAAAAUAAAAUGUAAAGUGUAGAGAAGGUAAGGAAUCCUAUAGUUAUACUACAACCGUAGGUAAAGUCCCAACUCGAAAUAAUUGGAGAGGAUAUAGAAAUUUAAGUUAUAUAAUAAAAAUUAAACAUUUA